AUGGCGACUCUGUUCCCGAACUUCCGCGAUCAGGAAGUACAAUCGGCAGUCAAGAAUCUUCUCACUUAUAGUCUUGUUAUUCUGAUUGUCCCACUCGCUUCCAUGUUCCUUCUCAAACAGUACUUCUUUGAAGCUCUCCUCGGGUUUGCGGCGAACGACGCUUUGACCUAUUCCGCGAUCAUUGCCGUCAUUCUCGUCCACGUAGUUCUGGACAUGCAAGCCGAUGCACAUGGUUCUCUGAAAAUUUUCAUCUCACUUCUCAAUUUCAUGCCUUAUUUUGUCCACCAGUCCACUUUCUAUUUUUAUUCCGAAAUCAAAAAUAUUGACGUAAUAAAUCUAAGUUAUUCCACAUCUAAUCCCGUCCAUGAGCCAGUUUAUUUGGGAUUCGGAGCCGAAGUCAAGGUUGAUGAUCUUUACCGACUCCAUUCGAAGUUCCUUCCACUUGGAAAGAUCGGUGGAAAACCGUCGUGGUUGAAUCCAAAACACUUGCCAAAGUCGACCGAUCUGUUAUGCAAGGUUUGCGAAAAGCCAAUGUGCUUCCUGAUGCAAGUGUGUGCAAACGGCGGUGAAAACGAUCCACCUCACGCAUUUCAUCGAACUCUCUUCCUCUUUGUGUGUCGGAAUCCAGCAUGCUCCCGUCUGAAUGAUGCAUCCAAUCUGAAAGCGUUCAGAUGUCAAUUGCCACGCACAAAUGACUUUUACUCUUUCGAUGGUCCAAUGAACCCUGAUUUCGGCGAUGCUCCAGAUCCACGAGCAAUCACAGAUGGACCUGGAAUGUGUCAAAUUUGUGGGUGUGCAGCUGCCAAAAAGUGUGGAAAAUGCCAAGUCGCAAGAUACUGUUCCCAAGCUCAUCAAGUUGUCGAUUGGCCAACUCACAAGCUCGAAUGUGCUCAAGCUGCUACUGAUGGUUUUAUUGCCGAGAAGCUUCAGAAUCCUCGAAACGCAUUUGUCUUCAAAGAGUUUGAGGUGGGAAUCGAUCAAGAAUAUAUGCCAGCAAAUCUUUUCGAUGGAAUCAGUGACGAUGAAGAUGACGAUGACGAUGAAGAGGGUAAUCAAGAAGAUGAAACAGAAGAAGAAAAGAAGGCAAGGAUGAAAGAGUUCGAGAAAUUUGUGAAAGAAAACAGAGACAAAAACGUUGAUAUGACUAAGGAAGACUUAGAUGCAGCAACAUCGGAACAGCCAAAAGAUCUCGACUUUGACAAAUUCAAUCGACUCGUUAACUUGAACCCAGAACAAAUUGUCAGAUACAAAAGACACGGUCUUCCUCUGCGUGCAACUGGUCGCUCGGAACUCCCAGAAGUCGUUGAGCCUUGUGAAAAUUGCGGAGCACCACGUCGUUUUGAAAUGCAAUUGAUGCCUCAUCUCCUAUCUCUCAUUGACGUUGACGCUAUUGGCCAGAGUAUUGAUUGGGCUUCGGUUUACAUAUACACGUGCUCAGCCAGCUGUCAAAUCACUGACAAUGGAUACGCACAAGAAUUCAUAUUCAAACAAGAUUUCGUCUGA